AUGAAAAGUAUCAUCACCAUCAUCGUCGCUAUCGUUGUCGCCGCCACUACCACUGUUGCUGCUACUUUUGUCCGCUGCAUUACCACUGACUCUAUACAAUCUGUAAUCGCCAGUAUGGUCCUCAUCAUCUUUGCCAUCACGUUCAAUAUCACCCUCUUUACCGAGUCUAACACCAACCUCACCUUCAAGUCCAUCAAGAAGCUCUCUGCCAAAAUCAACAUAGCUUUGGAGAGGUGCAAGCCCAUGUACAGCUGA